AUGAUGGAAGUUGCCUCCUCCUCAUCUGCAUGUCAAUUCGACGCCAGUAAUCUCAUCAAUAAUAACAAUAACGACGUGAAGCCAAUCCGCCCAAAACGUGAUUUCCGUUUCAAAGUCAUCGAGGUUCAGAACGGUCCAAAAUGGUUUGUGUGGCCAAGCCGUAAUCGUGGAAGCUCUGAAGACGUUGAUGAGAACGACAAUAAGAAAGUGUCACAACCACAGAAUAACGGAUACGGAGCACUGAGACGUAGUGUUAUCCGUCAGUCGAAGAGGAAACAAGAUCAAGAUGCCAUCGCCACUCGUACAGCCUCAGAACCAGCCUCCGCUCGUCGUCUUUCCACGAAAAAGGAGAAAGCAGUGACAGAACCACUGAAUCAAGUCUCCUCAAUGUUCAAAAUCAUCUCGAUCGAAAAGAACUGGGAAAGCUUUGACGCCACGGAUAACGAAGAUAACGACGAUGAUCUUGAAGACGGAGCCCGCACCGUCUCAGUCAUCUCACUCACCUCAGUCAUCGAAGGUGGUGAGCGUAGAUGGACCACUUCCAUCUAG